UUUCUUUUGCAUAUUUCUAAAAUUACUUUUGGUGUUUUUUUUGUUCUAGUCGACGAAUUACACAUUCAAAUUCAUACAUAUCUCAUAUUUUUUUAGCUGUGUGCUGAAGCGAUGGCUGCUGUUUCUUGUCGCUCUGCUCACACUACAAUCAAGCAAACACUUGGACACUAUUAUUAUUUACAACAGCAACCACAGCAGCUGGGUUACAAACUUGUCGGUCGAAAGAGCAACUGCAACACGAUGCUUCGUCAACAUUACUGCCGUGCGGCACACGAGGCGUCGCCAGGGAGUGGACGCCAAAGCAUCCAGGGAACUCGGUCACCGCAACUGAUAUUUUCCGGCAGACGGCCGUUGAGCCCAAUCAACAUGUCGACGCCGCUGCUUAUUUCUCCAGUCACGCUCGGCAGCAAUGGCAGGUACUAUUCGACCAUCCCGCCUCAGCGCCCAGAGUCGUCUCUGUCGGAGAGCAGUGAGCAGACCGUGCCAGUCGCGGCAGUGAGCCCCGCAGCUUCGAGCAACCCUGCAGCCGCUGUGACCGAGGCGGGCGUGGAUCCCGAGGAGGCCAAGGGGGCCAAGAAGGUCAAAACAGGGCAGGCAUGGAUGCGGCUCCUGCGCUUGGCCAAGCCUGAGUACAAGCUUCUGAGCGGGGCAGUCGGCCUGCUGUUUGUGUCGUCGAGCGUGACAAUGACCGUGCCCUUCUCGAUGGGAAAGAUCAUAGAUAUGGUGACCAACGCGGGCGCGAGCAUUCCGUUCGGCCUGUCGCUCGGUCAGUUGUUUGCCAGUAUGAGCGUUGUCUUUGUCGUCGGUGCCAUGGCCAAUGCUGGGCGCGUCAUGCUGAUCCGCACGGCCGGCGAGCGCAUGAUUGCGCGCUUGCGGCGGGAUAUCUUUGAUCGGGUCAUGCACCAGGAUAUGAACUUUUUUGACCGCAAUCGCACGGGCGAUCUGGUCAGCCGGCUGAGUACAGACACGUCGAUUGUCAGCAAAAGCAUUACAAAUAAUGUAUCUGAUGGCUUGCGAGCCUCGAUUUCGGCGGUUGCCGGGAUCGCCAUGAUGCUGUAUGUCAGCCCCAAGCUGACGGGAAUUAUGCUGGGCAUCGUGCCGCCGAUUGCGCUGUGGGCUGUGCUUUACGGAAAGUACAUCAAGCGGUUGUCAAAGCAGACACAGGAGGCAGUGGGCGGCCUGACCAAAGUGUCAGAGGAGCGCAUCAGUAACGUGCGCACUGUGCAGGCGUUCUCCCGCGAGGACCAGGAGGUCCGGCGGUACGACAUCGAGGUGCAAAAGAUCUUUAAUCUUGCCAAGAAGGAGGCUAUUGCAAGCGGCUUGUUUUUUGGCGGCAACGGUCUAGCGGGCAACCUGGCCAUACUGGCGUUCUUGGGCUUUGGCGGGCGCAUGGUGAUGACGGGCGAGAUUUCCAUUGGCGAAAUGACCUCAGUGAUGCUGUACUCAGCAUACGUCGGCUCGGCACUGUCGGGUCUCUCAUCGUUCUACUCAGAGGUGAUGAAGGGCGUGGGCGCAGGGUCACGGCUGUUCUACCUGCUUGACCGCACGCCGACGGUCGAUCCCAACCCACAGGGCAAAGUGCUCGAGCAGUUCAGCGGCAAGGUCCAGUUUGAGAAUGUCGAUUUCCGCUAUCCGACCAGACCCGACGUGCCAGUAUUCCAGAACCUGAGUCUGGAGAUCCAGCCUGGAUCCCAUGUAGCGAUUGCCGGGCCCUCAGGAAAGGGAAAGAGCACGGUAACAGCGCUUCUGCUACGCUUCUACGACCCAACAGCUGGGCGCAUUCUGGUCGACGGACAUGAUUUGCGUGACCUGCGCCUUAACAGCUGGCGUUCGCACAUUGCGAUGGUUCCGCAGGAACCAGCGCUGUUUGCCGGCACCAUCCGUGAUAACCUCCUGUACGGCAAGCCGCAGGCCAGCGACGAGCAGCUGAUUGCGUCUCUGCAGAUGGCCGAUGCAUGGCAGUUUGUCGAGCGGUUCCCCAUGCAGAUGGAGACGUAUGUUGGCGAGCGCGGUGUGUCCCUGUCUGGUGGCCAAAAGCAGCGUAUUGCCAUUGCGCGCGCGCUGCUGGCUGUGCCGGAUAUUUUGAUCCUGGACGAGGCCACCAGCGCUUUGGACGGCACUCGCGAAGCGCGCGUGCUUGAGGCUUUGCAUGGCGCGUCGAGUGGGCUGCUGUACAAGGACGGUCGGCGCCUGACUGUGAUUACGAUUGCGCACCGUGCGAGCACACUGAAGCGUAGCGAUGUUGUCUUUGUGUUUGGCGAUAAUGGCUCGGUUGAAGAGGUUGGACAGUACGAUGAGCUGCUUAGCCGCGAGGGCGGGUACUUCCACCAUCUUAUGGCCGCCCAGGCAGCCGAACAUAACACCAGCUAGAUUAUUUAUUUAUUUUACUUUAUAGAAUAGAAUAUAAUAUAUUGUAA